UUCGCCAUUUGGAUAAGGAGUCUUGACCAGCUGUUACAAUGGCGGAAGUGACGGGACGUUCAUCCACCCCGUUGUCUGAUUCCUCUUUUAUGGGAGAACGAAGGGUCCCAGGAAGCCCUGUAUCAGACUUAGAUUCCGAGGUCGAAUCUGUAACCCAUCAUCCCAACAGAGAAGACCUCAAACCAAAAGCCAUGCGUCCAGAGAAUGAUAAAGGCUACACAAAGGCAGUAAAACAGACUUAUGAAGAACACACUCCUGGAGCUGUUUCUGGUGCCAUCAGACACUUUCAUUCGGAUUCUAGUUCUUCCUGUUCAUCUGAAGACACUUAUCCAGCUAAACCAGUGUUCCCCAUCCAUCAGUACCCCCACAGCAGAGAUCGUUGUGCAAGAGACUCUUCCUCAAAUGUGUUUGAUGGUCAGUAUCUACCUCAUUCAGUUCGUGCUGGAGAAACAACAGAGAAGUCAUCCACUGUGUCCACGGCUCCAUCUUACCAAAGACCUUCGUUCCUAAUCACAGACAUUCUUGCUGAUAUUCCUGGAGUGGUCAAGCGUCCGUGUCCAGAAAUAACCCGCAGAAAAGAUAGUAUAUCCAGCAGCACCUACCCUCAUGAAGACUCGGAUGACUCGGAUGAUGACGGGUCAACAUUCAAAGAUGACGGAGAAAAAGAUGCUAAUGGUUCUCCCAUAAUGCUCUACAAGUCAAAAAAGCCCCGAAAGGCCCGAACAGCAUUUACCGAGCACCAACUACGGUGUUUGGAGAAAAGUUUCGACCGCCAGAAAUACCUCAGUGUCCAGGAUAGAAUGGAACUGGCCACGAAACUCGGACUCACUGACACACAGGUCAAGACAUGGUACCAGAACCGAAGAACAAAAUGGAAGCGACAGACAGCUGUUGGAAUAGAACUACUAGCAGAGGCUACCAACUACGCUGCAGUUCAACGCAUCAUACAGACCAACCCCUACUGGUCUCAACUCUACCCCCAGGCUGCUAGCGUCGUGUCCAGUCUCGAGUCUGCCUACCUCCGCCAUAACAUGGGGGUGCUGGGAACGCCACGCCCACCCCUCAGCGGGCUCUACCUGCCAUCAGUAGGACACCCUCUGGGACAUCUUCCAUCUUCUACCACACUGGAGAAACCCAACUAGUUGACAGGGUAGAACAGAUGGAAAAUGCUACUGCUCCACAAGGUGCACAUGCUCAACAUUACAAGUCAAUGUACAGUGGUAUGGUUAUCAGUGCAUUGUGGUGCAAUUAAUUAUUCACUGCCAUUAGAUUGACAAAGUGUGACGUCAAACAUGGGGAAUGACGUUCCUGACGGCUGAUGUAUCCCCUCCAUAGGGAUGUAUACAAGAAUGCACGGCAGUGAUCAGAACAAUGACGCUGAACCGGUAACACUGUUCUGAAAGAGUUCUAAAGAUUAAGUUGUUCUGCAUUUAUUGACCAGAUUGCAUUGUGCUCCAGCGGUUGACCAGAUAACACUGUUCUGCAAUGAUUGACCAGAUAACACUGUUCUGCAAUGGUUCUGAAGAAUAAGUUGUUCUGCAUUUAAUGACCAGAUUGCAUUGUGCUCCGGCGGUUGGCUAGAUUGCAUUUAUCUGCAAUGAUUGACCAGAUUGCAUAGUUCUGCAAUGGUUCUGAAGAAUAAGCUGUUCUGCAUUUAAUGACCAGAUUGCAUUGUGCUCCAGCGGUGACCAGAUUGCAUUGUGCUCCAGCGGUGACCAGAUUGCAUUGUGCUCCAGCGGUGAUCAGAUUGCAUUGUGCUCCAGCGGUGACCAGAUUGCAUUGUGCUCCAGCGGUGACCAGAUUGCAUUGUGCUGCAGCGGUUGGCUAGAUUGCAUUGUGCUCCAGCGGUGACCAGAUUGCAUUGUGCUCCAGCGGUGACCAGAUUGCAUUGUGCUCCAGCGGUUGGCUAGAUUGCAUUUAUCUGCAAUGAUUGACCAGAUAACACUGUUCGGCAAUGAUUGACCAGAUAACAUUGUUCUGCGAUGAUUGAACAAGUGUUCAUUAUUCCUCAGCUGUUGACGACAUAACAUUGUGUUGUUAAUGUGGACUAGACAACAUUGUUCUGUAUUGAGUACUAGACGACACGCGUUGAAAUCAACACGUCUGUUAUAAUACAUUCUUUGUGUGUGUGAUGGAGUCAUAUUUGGUGUCUCUCGUUUAAUAUGUACAAGAAACGGUAUGGUGAUGGUGAUGGUUGACACAGUGUUAUUGGGAUCCGUUAUAAAGUCAAGUUUUACUUCCAAUAUCUUCGCAUUUCUUCAACUAAAUGUUAUAUGAUUAAAGGGAAACUUAAGUUGACACAAUCAGCUAGAGCUCUCUCACAUUAAUAACACUUUGUUUAAAUAUAUAGGUAAUAAUAUUUGGGUGUGUCUUGUAUUUUUUAUACGGUGGCCUAAAACAACAACCCAAACGGAGCAGUUAGCUUCACGCUAAAAAUACAGUUCUUUCUAAAAGGAUUUUCAUUUCUCCUUUUUAAUUGAAUGAAGUUACUUAAGGUAAUAUCUGAUCCGUAGUGGGGUAAUGGGAUGUGUUAGGGUUCGGGGUCAGAGGAUAAGGGUGGUAAUCUCAUUCGUCGUCUAAUUGUAUCCUGCCACAAAACCUAAUUCCUUUUCAAUCUCAUUAGAGAAAUAUGUAACGCAACAAUCCAAACAAACAAUAUGUUUAUAUCUAUUCUCCUCGUGUGAAAGAGUUUCUUCUGUCUCACGCUACAGUAACCACAAUGUCUGUCAAUACAUUUUCAGACCAAUUAUACGUAGCAAAUAAUAUACCCUGUGUAGGAAAGUGUCCCCCCAAGGCCCAUUGCCCUCUUAGCGGAAAACACCAACCCAGCUUUAAGAGACGGAUCUCAUUUACCUGAACAGUAUUUACCUCUGACGUGGUUGCAGAUUGCCACGGCUCUAUAUGGUUAAAGAGGAGAAUAUUACAUGGAUAUGAAUUAUCCUUUGUACUGACUAUACACACACUGGUAUAUGACACUGGUAAUGUUUGAGGUCAUAUCGUGAAGAAAACACCAUGGCGCAAAGAAAGCAAUGGGUUUAAGUACAUUGUACGAAGUGUGUUAGCAUUGGAAAGGCAUGUCACUCAAAGCCAGCUAAAUUAUUUUUCCUCAUUAAAUACCAUAUUGAGUGACUGUUGACACAUUGGCGACUGAAUACACACAUAUUCACAGACAUUUACCCAAAUGAUAAUUAUUUAUUUGUCCUGUAUUGGAGGAAAUAGUUAUAAAAUAUAUAA